GCAGAGACAGGGAGACAGCAGUGGCUGCGCUCCUGACAGCCACACACACCCGCGCUGCGGGGGGGGGAGGACCGGAGGACCGGAGGACCGGAGCACCGGACUGAUGGCGUCCGUGAGUGUGGUAGAGCGGGCUCCGCACGGGCUGGACUCGGAGCCGCAGAUUCUGCUUUUGAAGCUGCACAGCAGCAAGAAGAGAGUCCCCCCGUGCUGGGAGACGGGGAUGCUCGCCAGGAGCGACCCGCCGGCUGCCGGGGCGGAGACUCCCCCGGGACUGCGGGGUCCGGGUCCGGCCGGGCGGGGUGCUUGUCCACCCGGGCGGGCUCCGGGUCCAGGUGAGGGAUGCCGGGCGGACCCGCCACGUAGUCCGGAGGAGGGCGGCCGCGGGGUCACCGGCGGGACGCCCGGUGCUCAAACCGGGCGCACCCCCGGCUCCUUCCAGCGGACGGCGCACCGGCACCGGGACGGGCGACGCAGCUGCUGCCGCAGCGGGGACGCCGGGCACACCGGGGUGCUGCUGGAGCGGCUCACCCAGGGCCGGACCGGCGUGGUGAGGCUGGCCCGCAGCGAGCCCCCCCGCAGGGAGGCCUGGGCCAUCUUCUCCCCGGAGAUGGACCCCCGUGUGCGGGCAGAGAGCGGGGAAGGACACCGCUUCCAGGACAAGCCCGUGAAGCAGGACUGGUGCGACGCCUGCAGCCGGCUGAUCACCGCGCAGGCACUCAAGUGCCAAAACUGCAGCUACACCUGUCACCUGGCGUGCGAGAGCCGGGUCCAGCUUGAUUGCAACCAGAGGGACAAAGAGCCAGAGGAAACUCCAUCUGCUAGAAGCGUCUCCUCCCCAGCAGCUCCUCUGCACAAGCAAAGUGAGACAAAGCAGGAAGAGGAGGGAGGAACUAAAGAACUAUCGGAAGAAGAGGUGCGCACCCGGAUAGAGGAGUACAACGCCCAAGUCUCCAAAAAUGGCAUGAAACUGGCUACAGAUGGAUCUUACACGGGUUUCAUUAAGGUCCACCUGCGGCUCAAUCGCCCGGUCACGGUCCCCGCCCUGGAGACUGCCGGGUCGGAGGGAGCGUCCAAGCUGGCCAGCAGCCACGGCCGCACGCCGUCGGAGAAGCAGGACCAGCCGGACUGCGGGCACGUUGACAAGAGGACUUCCUUCUACUUGCCAUGUGACUGCGUGAAGCGGAUCCACAUUGGCUCCAUGACCACCACCAAAGAGGUCAUCCAGGGGCUGCUGAAGAAGUUCAUGGUGCUGGACAAUCCCCGCAAGUUUGCAUUGUACAAGCAGACGCACCGCGACGGGCAGGAUCUGUUCCAGAAGCUGCCGCUGCCCGAGCGCCCUCUUGUCCUGCGGCUGGUCGCAGGACCGGAUACAGAGCAGCUCACUUUUGUUCUCAAGGAAAACGAGACCGAGGAGGUCGAGUGGCACGCAUUCUCUCUCCCGGAGCUUCAAAACUUCCUGGUCAUCCUUCAAAAAGAGGAGGCGGAGCGUAUACGAGCAGUGGAGCAAAAGUACACCAUAUACCGACAGAAACUACAGCACGCCCUGCAACAACAUGACUCUGAACCCUGAGCUGCCCCCGAUGUCCUCGACCCAGGGAGAGACUCACCCUUUGACCUCCCGCGGGAGACUAGAGGGGACAGUGCGGACACCAACACAUCACGAACAGAUUCCUAUCCUUUCUCAGGACUUACACGAGCCCCCUCCUUACAUUAUAGAUUGCCAAGGACACAGACGGAAAGAUCUUGACUCCGACUUGAGAUCUCUCUCGGUACUGGUGUGAACCGGUCGUGUUUUUAAAGAUUCCCUCCUCUUCUGCUGCUGCUGCUACUGCAAGUGUUACUUAUGCAUGAGUCUCCCUCAACUCAUCGGCCCUGCACAUAGAGUUAAAAACAUUGGCAUGGUUACUUUUUCUGCAUUUUACGGGGAUGUAAGGACAAUCAUAUUGUGUGUGUGUGUGUAUUUUUUUCUUUUCUUGGAGACAAUACAUCAGCUGUUUUAUUAUUGUUGCUAGAUGUGGACUUUCAAAGGGAAGUGCUUAGGCUGGAGAAGCGUGACUUCCAGCUCUUCAAAGAAGACGAGUUAGAGGCUCAAGGUAAAGAUAUCGCUUCUCUGAUUUCUUUUCUUAUUUUUUUGGGUGCAUGUUUUUGAAAAAGAGAAACCCUAAAGGAAGAAAAAGAACACCAUUCAACUUCAGCGUUUGCUUCUCUGCUCUCAUU